ACGCUGAAAUUAGAGGAUUUUAGCUCACUCUGUAAGCUCAUCGAUUGGUGGUAUAAAUAUAAUGUCAUAUUAUAAAGGUCACACGGAACAAUCGUUUGGACCAUUAAAUACAGAGCGAUUACAAUUUCAAGGAUCUGACAAUUCCUAUCAGAGAACUCAACGAGAAAAUUUUUAUAUCGAUAUUUAUAAAGUUACGAAAACCGAUGAACAGCUCGAUAAAAUUGUUACUGUUUCACCAGGAUAUGGUUGCUCUAGUUAUUUGGUUAAGAAAGGCUCAAAUCAGUGGAUAGAUCCACCUAACAUGGUACGAUAUUCAUUUCGUUAUAUUUCAAAAGUUUAUAAUGAAGGUAUCGAAAAGUCAAUCACACAGAAUGAGGUUUUCGUAAGUAACAAUUUGAACAUAGUCGGUUUGAAAACAAUCAGUCAAAGUAUUACAACUGAGGCACUUUAUGAUUACACAUUGGGGAUCUAUUAUACAGAGAAAGAAAAGGGUAAAUGCUCAAUAUUACCUAUUGGGCCUGGAAGCCUAGGUUUAGAUGAAGAUAACAGACUAUCGUCCGAUUUAGUCUUGAAUUAUCAUGAUGUCGAUAAAUACAAUUAUGUUGGUAAAGUUUUCCUUAAUUCUGAAUCAAGUUAUGAAGCUCAUGUUUGGGAAACUGUCCUCAAUCAUUAUCAAAUUGGAGGAAAAAGUUAUGAUAAAGUUGUCAACACUCAAUAUUUUGUUUCUUCGCCUGAUUCCGAACUUUUCAGAGGCUUUGUUCUCGUACGAACCACCCUAAAUGGUCUAGCAAAAUCAUCAAAUGGUCAAUAUGAAUUAGUAGAUUCUACGAGAAUUGAUUACUUUAAUCUGGAAGCAAAAAGUUCUGAUGGUGAUUUUGAGAGUAAUCUGUUGAUGCGUUUGAGUGAUUGCUUUCCAAACGAAUCGAAGAAAACUUUUGCAUUUCAUUUAGAAUGUGAUAAAUGUAAAGAUGCUGAUAAGUGUGUCAAAUUAGCAGCGAGUGAAUAUCCAGUUUUCCUUGGUACUACUCGAAAUUUUUUUAGGUCGAGCACAAUUUCCGUUUCUCGACUUGCUGAUAUUGAUUUUAUAUUCCAAGACAAGAAGAUGGUUAUAUUAAUAACCUUCUUAGACGUUCCGGAUAUGAAAGUGGCUGUUCGUUCAGAAAACAUUAAACUUUCUCAGAAUACGAUAUCAAACACACAGAAGAAGAUUGAAGUUGAAUCAGAAUCUGAGUGUCUUCAAACACAAGCAAUUCUUAAUUAUGAUGACCCGGAGGUCAUUCUUUAUUGUGAAGACUCUGGAUCUCGAAUUUGUGGACGAUUCAUGAAAAAAGAAGAUAUCAAGAAGGAUGAAGAUAAGGGGAUCAAUUGUAAAGUAUAUUACCCUUUAGUGGGGAUUCGAAAUUUUGCACGUGAAACUCCUCUAAAUCAAGUGGAAGAAUUUCUGAAUUCAAGAAAAUUAAGGGUAUCAUCUUAUGACAGAGAGGUGGGAUCUUGUGAUUUUAGAUCAUAUCAAGUGACCGAUGUAACUGAUCAAAACUACCAGACUAAAGAACCUUUCAAACAAGCUCUCGUGGGCGCUAAGUUCUCUCAGAAUAUCGUUGAUGUCAUUCAGGCUAAAGAAGUUUCCAAUUUGGGUGAUUGUUAUCGUACCUGUGCUCAUGAUGAAGAUAAUUUGUGUGAAACUUUCGUAUUUUGUCAAUAUCCAGACUCAGUGUCUUGUCUCACAUCCAAUAUUAUUUUUUCCACAAAUCUUGGAGUAUCUACUGAUUUAGUAGCUGAUCCCUCGUGUAAAAUCUAUUCUAAAAAUAAUCUAUUGGAUUACAUCAAAAUACCUUCGAGAAAGUUUACAAAUCCAAGUUCUAUCGCUAUUGACGUUCAAGCUGGAGAUUGUGCGACUGCAUGUAGUUCUUCAAAUGAGUGUCUCUCAUUCCAGGAAUGUGGAUACUCAUGUACUUUCGGUGGUUAUUAUACUGAUUCAAUGUCAACAAAAAGCGACGAUUGCAAUAUUUAUAUUCCAAAAGUUUCACAUAAAUUCGCUUUCAAUGGAAAGAGAAUAAUCUCUGACGUUUUCCACACCGAGAUUAAUCUAAAUUUGGAUCAAUGUGCUGCUCUUUGUUAUAGUUGGACAAAUGCUGACGAAUCUUGUAAAUCGUUCAACUAUUGUCCUCAAAAUAAUGCAACUUCCUCAUGUAGUCUAACUAAAUAUUCAAUCAAAGAUAAAUCGAUUAAAAUCAGUGAUUCAAAUGUUUGCCAGAAUUAUGAGCUGAAACAAAAAUCGAAAAAAGCUAAAAACGAAGAUCCAAUCAAAACCACUGGAGGAAUGAAUGGAAAAACUGCUUUCGGCUUAAUCAUAUUGUUUAUGACGAUUGGACUUUUAAUUGGAUUCGCUUUUCCUUUAUUCAUUUAUGGUAAAUUGUCAACAUCAAUAACCCAAAGAAUAUCAUCCACAGAACAAGCAAUUAAAUCAUUCACAUGGUCCAAACAAGUCGAUGAUGUCGAUGAAAAAUCUGUAAUCUGAUUCGAUAAAGUAACUUGAUCAUAUUCUUGUAUUAAAUUAAACAAGUUACUACAUGUAUUUGAUUAAUUGGGAGAUGAAAGGAUUUAAUGUAAAUGAGAAAUUGAGCAAAUUAAACAAACAAGUGACAAGAACAUAUGAAGUUCAAGAUAUUGAAUGAGUUAUGGAUAAUUAAUACAUUUAAAUGUCAAAUCGAUUGGAUAAUUAAAUGUUGACUAAAUUAAUCUAGACUAAAUUAUCAAUUGGCGCAGAUACAGUUAAUACAUCAACUAUCUUGACAAUUCAAAUGUUUGUAAAAACUAAUUAACAAGCUAAAAGCAUAAAAGUGCAAAGAUUAAAACUACAAUUUAAAUAUGAAAAGAUGGAAAGUCAAUGAGAUCUUAAAUAAUU